AUGGGUGGCUACCCAAAUCCUCGAGAUUGCUCCAAAUGCAUUUGUCCCCGUGGAUACGGAGGUGCAUCAUGCGAUGAAAGGCCGCAAACGAACAAAUGCGGUGAAACACUCACUGCUUCUUCUAAAGCGAACACCAUCGCAUAUACUGUGGGAAAUAUCUUAAACAAGGAAGAAAUGGAAGACUUUGAAGAAUGCUACUACUGGAUUCAGAAUCCCGGAAGAAAAACGAUUAAGAUGACAAUCAAAAAAGUUGAAGUGAAGGUCAGUGAUAUGUCUGAUUACUAUACUAGUUUGGGUGCCGGUUGCUCUACUGGAGGAAUUGAGAUCAAAGCACAAAAAGAUCAACUUCUGAGUGGCUACAGAUUCUGUGAUCCUGACGCAAAUGAGGGAAAGACCAUUACCUCGUCCAAUGACAUUGUUCCCGUCAUAAUUUAUAAUCGCCAGGGAGGAACUGAAGUCGAGUUGGAAUAUCGCACAAGUAUGCAGCUGCAACUUUUCAAAUUGCUAGAAACUUCAUUUGAAUGGAAGAAUUUCAGACUGAUCAAGAGGCGUGAAAAUGCACUUGCGAUGUUUCUCUAA